AUGGAUGACACAGACACAUAUUUAUUUAAUUUUAAAGGCUAUAAUUUUGAGCGUUCCCUGAUUGAUAUUGACGUACUAGAAAACCUAGAGGACUUUGAAAUUAGAGAUGACGAUGUCUUCAUAAUCACAUAUCCAAAAUCUGGUACAAUCUGGACUCAGCAAAUACUAAGCUUGAUUUAUUUUGAGGAACAUCGUAACAGAACUGCAAUUGUGGAAACAAUUGAUCGAGCCCCUUUCCUGGAGUACAAUAUACGCAAAGUGGACUUUCUCAAGCAACCAUCUCCUCGUCUCUUUUCUUCCCACAUUCCUUAUUAUUUAGCACCAAACGGUCUCAAGAACAAAAAAAUUAAAAUUGUUUAUGUCUACAGAAAUCCUAAGGAUGUUUUGAUCUCCUUUUUUCAUUUUUCAAAACUCAGAGUUACAUUAGAACCAUCAGAAACUAUGGAACAAUUCAUGAGAAAAUUUCUAGAUGGAAAAGUGGUAGGAAGCCUUUGGUUUGAUCACAUCAGAGGCUGGUAUGAGCACAAACACAAUUUCAAUAUUCUGUUCAUGCAGUAUGAAGGUAUGAAGAAGAGUGGCAUGAAGUAA